AUGUCGGUCAAGGACAAGUUUUUAUUGCGUAAUGUGGAAUAUCACGGGCGGUUGUAUGAUAAGUUCCCAAAAAUUUACAACGUAUAUGCCAUCGGUAUGGUAGCGUGUAUCUCCGGUCUUAUGUUUGGGUUUGAUAUCUCCUCGAUGUCAUCAAUGAUCGGAACGCAUUAUUAUCAGGAAUUUUUUGGGCGUCCCAGUUCAACGGCCCAAGGUGGUAUCACUGCUUCGAUGGCUGGUGGUUCUUUGUUAGGGUCCAUUGUUUCUCCCAACUUUUCUGAUGCGUUUGGUCGUCGUUUCUCGCUUCAUCUAUGUGCAGCUCUUUGGAUUAUUGGUUCGAUUAUCCAAUGUGCAUCUCAGAAUCAAGGCAUGCUUAUUGCUGGCCGUGUGAUCAGUGGUAUGGGGAUUGGGUUUGGUUCUUCUGUUGCUCCUGUGUACUGUUCGGAAGUGGCUCCUCCAAAAAUUAGAGGUACUAUUUGUGGUCUUUUUCAAUUUAGUGUUACUCUUGGUAUUAUGAUCUUGUUCUACAUCGGGUUCGGGUGUCAUUAUAUUAACAGUACUGCAUCAUUCCGUGUGACUUGGGGCUUGCAAAUGGUUCCUGGGUUGAUCCUGUUGGUAGGUACGUUCUUUUUGCCCGAAUCUCCAAGGUGGCUUGCAAACCAUGGUCGUUGGGAAGAAUCCUAUGACAUAAUUGCACGUAUUGGCGCUAAAGGUGAUCGCGAUGAUCCACACGUCAAGUUCCAGAUUGACGAGAUUAAGGAACAGGUCAUGAUUGAUCGGGAAGCUGUCGACUUCAGUUACAAGCAUCUAUUCCGUAAGAAGACUAUCAGGAAGACGAUCGUCGGCGUUUCAGCUCAAAUGUGGCAACAACUUUGCGGUAUGAACGUUAUGAUGUACUACAUCGUCUACAUCUUCAGGAUGGCAGGGUACGGUGAAUCAAUGGUCUUGGUUUCCGGUUCCAUUCAGUAUGUUUUGAACGUUGUCAUGACCAUCCCAGCCCUUUUCCUGGUGGACAAGAUUGGUCGUAGGCCCGUUUUGAUCACAGGAGGUAUUUUGAUGUUUAUUUGGCUUUUCGUUGUUGCCGGAUUGCUAGCGAAUUAUUCAGUGGCAGAGCCUGAUGGAUUCGACGGUGACCAAACUGUUACUAUUAGAAUUCCAGAAUACCACGGGUCUGCAGCUCGGGGUGUCAUCGCUGCAUCCUAUUUAUUCGUGUGUUCUUUUGCACCAACCUGGGGUAUUGGUAUCUGGAUCUACUGUUCCGAAAUUUUCAACAACAUGGAACGUGCUAAAGGGACUGCCUUAUCCGCAUCUGUGAACUGGGCUUUCAACUUUGCUUUGGCAAUGUUCGUCCCAAGAGCCUUCCAGAACAUCUCAUGGCAAACAUACAUUAUCUUUGGUGUCUUCUCGGUAGCAUUGACCAUCCAAACAAUCUUCAUGUUCCCAGAAACAAAGGGCAAGACACUGGAAGAAAUAGAUCAAAUGUGGGCGGACCAUAUUCCAGCUUGGCAAACCGCAUCCUACGUUCCUAUUUUACCGGUCAUGAAGGACAACCAAGGCAGAAAACUGGGCAUUGAUGACAAUGUGGAACAUGUUGAAAAUGUGUCUUGCGGCCCAUCUACCGAAAAAAAUGGUGUCAAGAGUCCAGAAUUAGCAAGCGACAGUUCAAGCAGUGCUUCGAACAGGAACGGUGAGUCUAAGCUCGUGAACCAAGUUUAA